AUGCACCACCAUCUUCUUCUCGCGAUUCUAGCCCUCAGGGCCUCGGCUAAAAGCGACAUCCCACCCGGCAACUCCCCGGAACGGCAACCGGCAACCCAUUGCCCAGACGACCAAUGCGGCAACAACCACGGCGGCACGCCGAUCAUCCUCCAGAAGCGGUUUUCGCAGCCAGGGUGCCCACGGCCCGUCGGCAGAGGCGCAGCUGAGCACCACGGCCCGCGCGACUGGGCACCGUGGACGCACGCGCCCUACUGCGUCGCCAACGCGAGCUACUGCGUCCUGACCAACGCCGCCUUCCAGCACGGCAGCGGCUUCAGCAUCGUCGCCACGCCCGAGGGCCUGUCCCGGGUCCAGGGGCGGCUGGAGUCUGCAUUUGCGGCGCGCGUGGGAUCGGCAGGGCGGGGGAGCGGUGGCGGCGAGGGCGCGGUGGGGGAUGAGAACAGAAACAGAAACAGAAACAGCAACAGCAGCACCGCCGCCACCACCAUCAACGGCUGGCCCGACCACUCAAACCCACCUGCGCCAUUCAAGAUCCAAAAGGUCCCCGGCAAGGGCCUCGGCAUGAUAGCGACGCGGCGCAUCCCCCGCGGCGAGACGUUCCUGUCCGACUUCGCCGCCAUGCUGGCCAGCGCCGAGUUCCCCGUCGGCCUGCCGCCCGCCCAGGGCGACGAGCUGCUGGAGCGCGCGGCGACCCAGCUCGCGGAUCCCACGAGGGUGCUGGGGCUGGCGAGCUCGGGGACCACGCGGGGCGCGGCCUUGGCCGAGGACGUCGUGCGCACCAAUUCCUUCAGUCUCGAGAUUGACGGGGACGAGUUCCUGGGGCUGUUUCCGACCAUCUCGAGGAUAAACCACGCCUGUGGGCCCAACUCCCAGGUCAAGUUCGACCCGGCAACCCUCUCGCUAAGAACAUAUGCAAUCCACAACAUCGAGGCCGGUGAGGAGAUAACCAUCAGCUACGCAGAAUUCGGCAUGCCCUACGGGACGCGCCAAUCGACCCUGCAGCAGCGCUGGGGCUUCAAGUGCACCUGCGCGCUGUGCAGCGCAUCCCCGGGCGCCGUGGCCGCGUCCGACGCCCGCCGCACGCGCGCCGCCUCGGUGCUCGAGAGCAUCACGGCCGCCGUCGAGGCCGGGAGGCUGCUCGACGCCAUCGGCCUGGGCGAGCAGCUCGUCGACAUCAGCGCCCGCGAGGGGCUGGCGUCGGGCCUGGCCGUCCACUAUGAGGUCCUGACCAGGCUGCACGUGGGCGUGGGGGACCUGGAGGGCGCCGGGGGUUACGCAAGGCGGGCGCUGGAGGAGAUGAGGGUUUUUGGCGGUAGCGAGGCCUAUCGGUCGUUUGAUGAGCUGGAUCUGUUUGUGAGGAACUUGGAGCGGAGGACCGGGCGGGGAUGA